CUAUUAUUGUAAAGAGCCUCACAAACCCCUGCCACGAUACUACUAGUUCCCACUCUUCCCUUUACUUAGGUUGACAGGUACUCUCUUAUCUCCAGCUCUAGAACAGCUGUGUCUCACACGUAAUUACCUAAUCCCGAUCACCAGCUAGAAUACUCCACAAGCUAGAACAUCGUCCCUGAAGACCCCUGAUUUUCAACCACCAGUAAUGGCUCUAUAAGACGCUAAAACAAGGAUUCCUCGUGGGGAGGAGAGAGAGGUUAGUCAGCCCAAAAUCUACCCCUUAAAGCAAUAUAACAAGAACCGACUUGCAGAUUACGUAUUAAACAGGUAUUCGUCAUAAUGGAGAUAGUUGAUGAAUCGUUCAAAGAUGACCCGUUCAUGCGCCACGGAAAAGAGCCCUUGGGAAAGUCUAACUCGGAAGUCUGGAAAGUUGCGCGAAAGUCCGAUGGGAAGGUCUACGCUCGCAAAGAGUUUCCGGCACCAAGGCGAGACAACAAGGAGAUGAACGAGAAGAUUAAGAAGGAAAUAUUUAUCAUGACUACAGCUAAACAUCACCAUAUUGUCAAGCUCUGCGGAAGUCAUUAUAUCGAGAGUUCUCAAACUAUUGGUCUUCUCAUACUUCCGGUUGCUGAAAUGAACCUUGCCGAGUACCUUGAAGUCUGGGGUCGAAACCAUGUUAAUGAGUUUGAACAGCAAAAGGCUCGUAGGAACAUGUGCCAAUGGCCACCGUGUCUCUUCCAGGUCUUGGAUUAUUUGCACGAUGCAGGUUUCCGUCACAAAGACAUAAAGCCUAGCAAUAUCCUUAUAAAGGAUGGUCAAGUAUAUCUCGCUGACUUUGGAAUCUCGAGCAACUUUCGAGAUUCAAACACUUCAAAGACCAAAGGUCCAGCCGGCGCAAUCACUGAGCGUUAUAUUGCCCCUGAGAUCGAUAAUGAGUUGGCUCGUGGAAGGGCAUCAGACGUGUGGGCACUAGGUUGCACUGUACUAGAAAUUUGUACCGUCGCUUUAGGGGAGAAUUCUAUCGAGGACUUGAAUGAACACCUUCAUCAAGGCCCAAGCAGUCGACCGACACCAUUCUGUCGAUCUCCCUACCUCGUAUUCGAUUGGAUUUGGCUUCACCUAGUAUGUUCUGGGAAGGAUGAAUUCUGUAGACGCCCUAUUCAGAAGAUGCUACAGCUCGCAUUCCUUAUGCUUGAUCCUAACCCCAACACAAGAAUCAACGUGCGACAAUUAGUCGAUCUGUUGAAUAAACUAGGAUCGAAUCAUUUCCACUCCUUAGGCCAGGCAGCCUGCGAUGAGUGUAAGAGGACAUCACAUGUACCAUUACACAACUUCCCACUCCAUUCUGUCUUCAGAGAAGAACCAGAUGGAAGCACGUACAUCCCACUGAAGGACAACAUCUCGUCUAAGACGCAGGACCUCUGGGAGGAGGUCAAACGUCGAUGGCUGGUGAGCCAUAUUUGGUGGGAGAUGAAAAGAUAAUCAUUAUUCCCUUCCUCCCAUAAUGCAUUUGUCUUCUAGGUCAGUCCCAGUGUUGAUUCGUAAUACAUUGUUAGGUGUUGGACAGCUUGCUAACCGUCACGAACUACCUAGAUA